ACCGCGAGGGAAACAAACAAGUUAGAACUAUAGCAACGGAGCGUGAAGACAGUCGCCAUCAGCCUUCAAGCGUCCAACCUAAACGCGAUUGAGCUGCUUGAUAUGUUGCCAUUACUGUGCGCGCUCACUGGCUGACGACGGAGCGCAGCUCGUUCAAAAUGCGUGACGCGGCGUGUGUUCGUCGUGUCACCGGUUAAGGCCCGGAUUAGCCAACCCAAGCUAACAGCUAACAAAGAGCUGCCGCUCCUCCUUGCAUUGUAUUGCUUGGCAGUUCUAAUGCUGCGCUGUCAGUUAUAGCCAUGGAUCAGUAAAUCAUAAAGAGAGGAAGACAAUUUGGAUGACUUAACUUGACGGCAAUAACUGCAGUUGGAAUAUUGGGCACCUCUAGUAGAUCGUGCUUUAUUGUCCUCACCAGCACUUCCAUAUGCUUGAUAGAAGCUGCAUCCAUUGUUUCACAGGAUGGAUGGUGUGGAUCUGAGACGACUUGUGUAUCAACAUCAGCCCUUGGUGUUUGGCUGUGGUGUUCUGUCGUUCUGCAUUUACAAAAGAACACCUCCCAUCCUACACCUCCAAUCUUUGCAUUUCAUAUAUAAGGAUCGACUUUAAGCAAUAAAAGUGAUAUCGGAAGUGAAAUUAUAUUUUAUUUUUUACUGAAAGGUAGUGAUUAAUUUAAACCCCCUUCAUGGCAAACCUGGUAAUGACCUUAUUUUAAUAUUUCGGCUACUCUAUCCCAUUAUUACCUUUUUUUUUUAGUGGGAGGUGUGAUGUCGGAAAACCCUGACGACAAAAUGAAGUUUCUAGCUCCCCCUCAGAAAAGUGGAAAUUGUUCCAGUUCUGGUUCAGACUCAAUGGUUAGUGAAUGCCGGCCAACGGAAGUGAGGCGUCGGCAUCACACUAUGGAGCGGGACCGCUGUAACCCGGAACAUCGUUUUUUGCGCCGCAGUGUCAUUAGUGAUUCUAAUGCCACUGCUCUUGCCCUGCCUUUGCCCAGUGAAAUUCCUAUCCCUGCUCCAAUACGGGUUCAAACCCAUGAAACUUUGUCCCAGUGGCAGCAUGCUAGUGCUGCUCACUUUCCACAGACUGAACCAAGUGUAACCCAAAAAGAGGAGUCUUUAAAAAGUGGGGGAGAAGAAGUUAAAGACAGUGAAAUUGCCAAUGUAGCUGUUGUUCCUGUAGAACAGCAGUCUGCCAUCACUCCGAGCACAUGUGAUGAGGAGGCUGUGGUCGCUGCCCAUCCUGUACCAAAUUUAGCAGCUGAAUUGCCAAGUCAAACCAUACCUGAAAACACUUCUGAAGUUACUGGCCGUCCUGAGGGCGAGCUGGAGGAAGAUGAUAAAGAGUCAUCCAAGGCUCGACCUGGAGCAGACCAGAGACAAGCUGAGAAGAAAGUGCAGGAAGACAUUGAAGAUUUAGAGACUAAAUCAGUGGAUCAAUCUCCAGAUGGACGUUUUCUCAAGUUUGAUAUUGAAAUUGGACGUGGCUCUUUCAAGACAGUCUACAAAGGCUUGGACAUCGAAACUACGGUGGAAGUGGCGUGGUGCGAGUUGCAGGACCGUAAGCUGUCUAAGACGGAGCGACAGCGCUUUAAGGAGGAAGCAGUGAUGUUAAAGGGGUUACAACAUCCCAACAUCGUUCGCUUUUACGACUCUUGGGAAGGACCAUCCAAAGGCAAGAAGUGCAUUGUUCUGGUGACAGAACUCAUGACGUCUGGAACACUGAAGACGUAUCUGAAGAGGUUCAAGGUCAUGAAAAUAAAAGUGCUGCGAAGUUGGUGUCGCCAAAUCCUGAAAGGGCUCCACUUCCUUCACACUCGGGCUCCUCCCAUCAUCCACCGGGACUUGAAGUGCGACAACAUUUUCAUCACUGGCCCCACAGGAUCUGUUAAAAUCGGAGACCUUGGACUGGCCACCCUAAAGCGGACGUCCUUUGCCAAGAGUGUUAUAGGUACCCCUGAGUUCAUGGCGCCUGAGAUGUAUGAGGAGAAGUACGACGAGUCAGUGGAUGUGUAUGCCUUUGGAAUGUGCAUGCUGGAGAUGGCCACCUCCGAGUACCCUUACUCAGAGUGCCAGAAUGCUGCACAGAUCUACCGCAGAGUUACCAGCGGUGUGAAGCCAGGAAGCUUCGACAAGGUGGCCAUUCCUGAAGUGAAGGAGAUCAUCGAGGGAUGUAUUCGGCAGAACAAGGACGAGAGGUACUCCAUCAAAGACCUCCUGAACCAUGCCUUCUUCCAGGAGGAAACCGGAGUGCGUGUUGAGUUGGCUGAGGAGGAUGAUGGAGAAAUGGAAGCAAUAAAGUUGUGCCUGAGAAUUGAGGAUGUGAAAAAGCUGAAGGGGAAGUACAAGGAAAAUGAAGCCAUUGAGUUUUCCUUUGACCUAAACAAAGAUGUCCCUGAGGACGUGGCUCAGGAAAUGGUUGAAUCAGGGUAUGUGUGUGAAGGAGAUAACAAGACCAUUGCUAAAGCUAUAAAAGACAGGGUGUCUCUCAUCUGCCGCAAGAGAGCACAACGGCAGCAGGUCAGAGAAGAGCAGCAGAAGAAAGGACUGGAGGAAGAACAGCAUAGUCAGAUGCAAAUACCACAACCGACUGGGCAGCAAAUGAUUGCAGAGAUCUCUCAGUCCCAACCUGCACCACAGCCUGCAUCUUAUGCUCCUCCUGACCAAUCUCACCACACUGCUCCCUUGCCUGCCCAACCUACAGCGCACCAGGUUCCCCAGGGAACUGUCUACAAUGCUCCCCAGUCAUCCCAAAUGGCCAGCAUGGCUCAAGGUGUCCCUUACGUCCCUCAGUCAAUGGGUCAAGUCCCAGUUCUGGUUCACAGUCAGAAUUUGGCCGUCAUUCAACCUGAGUCAGAGGAGCCGAAGACAGACCCACAGCACACUGCCGGAGCUCCUCCAAUGGGAGACAGACCACCUGGGUUCCCUGUGGUUCCCGAAUCGCUUCCUUCUCAGUCAAUACCCUACAAUGCUCCGCCCAGUCAGCAGCUUCAGCAGGGUAUGUCCUGUGUUUCAACCCAAGGGGACCAAAUGCAGCAGGUGCUGGUGAUGCAGGGUGUCCAGACAGAUGCUGCACCCGGUGUUCCAAGCAGCCAAACGGUUCCAGCGACAUCUCAGCAGUAUGGAGUUUACUACCAGCCAUCGCUUCCCCCUCAGAUCCCCCCUCAGCAGGUGUUGAUUCCCCCAUCCACUCAGCCGUCGAACCUCCAGAGCCAGCCGCAGCAGCAGCAACCUGAGAGCAGCACCACUCUUCAGAGCUCCUCUUCGCCGCAGGCCGGAGCCACACAGAUUCAGUCUUGGGCCAAUGAUUUAAGUCCUAUCCUGUCUCCUCCUAUCAACGCUGAGCACCUUUACUUUCUAUAUCAGGCCUCCUGCAUCUCUCUACUGCAGGCCUCUCUGCCUUCUGCCAGUGUUACUGCUCCUCAGUCAACGACAGAGGAACAGCCGAUUGCAGGAUCACCUGCUCUGGUGCCACCGUCAGAUAGCUACCUGUCAGAAUCUGCGUCGGGUCUCAGUGACGGCAACGAAGGACCUUCUGCACCAGGAGACAACCACGAGGGGCGAUCGCUGAAGCGCCAUCAGCUUCGAUCUGUUCGCAGCCGAUCCCGCAAUGACAGGACUGCAAAGGCCAAGCUGAAUGUUCUGAGCAUUUCCAAUGUGGAAGAUCGGGUGGCAGAAUGCCAACUCACGACACACAACAGGCAGAUGGUCACAUUCAGGUUCGACCUGGAUGGCGAUAAUCCGGAGGAGAUCGCACAGAUCAUGGUCAACAGCAUGUUCAUUCUGGAGAACGAGCGUGAGUCCUUCAUUGAGCAAGUCCGGGAGGUCAUAGAAAUGGCAGACGAAAAGGGCGAAGGCAUGAGGGAGGCCUUCCCACAGAUGAGCGAACUUCAGCAACACCAAUCGCUGACUGGUCCCAUGUUGCCAGGCAUUUCUCCCAACACUACGGCCCAGGUGGUGCAUUCAGCUGGCAGAAGGUUCAUCGUCAGCCCCGUACCAGAGUCCCGUCUGAGGUCGCAGUUCUUCGGUGCCUCUUCAGCUAAUACGUCUGUCGGAGAAGAAACUCCUGCAGGCUCCAUGAUGACGUUGGGACUUUCGCUGUCUGCUCCAUCUGGGACUCUGCAGCAAGCCUUCGGCCAGAUGAAACUGGCCCACCAAGAUAUGGCCAGCACCUCUGAUCCUUCCGCUGCUGACAAAGUGACAGUGUCGCAGGGACCAUCCAGCGAGUCAAAUUCUAGUAGCGCACACGCUGCUCCAGAUGCAGGAGCUCCAACCACUAGUACUGGCUUGCCGCCAGCGGCUCUCACGACCCCUGCAGCGUCCUCAUCGCCUCCCUCGACCGGGAGGGUUUCACCUCCACCGGUCUCGUCUCAAAUCCAAACUCCUUCUGUCACCAAUGAGCCUGGUCCACAACAAUCCCAUCCUCCCCACGAAUCUGCCGCUUCAUAUGUGGCCCCGGCUGCCAGCGUCCCUUCAUCCUCCCUAUCCACCCCAACUGUGCAGACGUCUGCCCCCUCAACUGUUGGACAGAGCAGCAGCACAGUGUCUGUCUCUGGUGUCACCUCCAGUGUUACCGGUUCAGUUCCAGCUUCGGAGCAGCAGCCGUUCCCUUCUGCCGCACCGUCCACUCACCAACACCCGUCGUCACAGGGUCAGUCAGCUCCCAUCUCUGCACAGCCCACCACCUCCGCCUCCAUCAGCAGCCAGAGUCAAACACAGCCAGUGGAACUAGAGGGAGCAGAGGUUCAGACCAAAGCUGCAGGGGGAGACAUUGAGGCGCUGGAUAAGAAGCUUCGUUCCUUAUUUAAAGACCAGAGUGCUGCAUCUGCCACACUGGACCCGGCCCCCAGCAGUAGCUCCUCUCCACCCACAGGAACUUCCUCCCCUCCACCCGGCACAAUGGUGCCGCCAACGAAUUUACCCCUCAUGUCAGGCGGACAGGGCGUGAUGGGCCCUACAACCACUCCAGGACAAGGGACUACUCCAGCAGAACAUGCCAGUACUCCUCCGUCUAAGCCCCGGGCUCAGACAUUACCCACUGGGUUUGAACAAUCUACUCUGCCCCCUGGUGACCUUGUACCGCCAUUACCAGGACCUCACCAAUCGCAGCAAUCCAAAGAUGAUUUGGAUGCCCAGUUGAAAAGAGCUCUCAGCCCAGAGACUGUUCAGUCGGCCCAGAGUCCGUCUGCAGGCUUCACUGCCGGACGCUUCCAAGUGACCAUUGCUGCAGACUCUUCCAUCAGUGUUCCAGAAGCGUCCGGUCGCAUCUCGUCCUCCUCCCUCACCCCGUCGUCCACUUCCUCCCAGAAUUCUUCCUCCUCAUCUUCAUCACCAUCAAGCCCAGAGAACACCCUCCACCGCUCGUCCACGCUUUCAAAAGUCGUGACUCAGCCCGAAAGUUCAAACCUAAGCUCCGCUGUAUCCGUCAGUCAGCCCACCACCAUCGGACGCUUCCAAGUAUCGACCAGCACCACGGCGGAGAGUGUCACAGGGGCUCAGGCAGGAGUCGCACCAGUCGCAGCCCCACAGGAAGACUCCAGUCCGUCCCACAGCUCCAGCACACAGAACGGUCCAUCGUACACAUGUCAAAGCAGCGACAACGAUGACCCGGAGGCUGAAGAUGGGGCUCUGCAGAGGGAAAUAAGUCGCCUCAUGGAAAGACACACGUUGGAAAUACAGGCCUUGCAGACACGUCACAAGGAAGAGCUCAAUUCUCUGUACACCAGAAUGAGGAAACCUCCUCCCGCCUCCUUUUCUCCGGCCGCCACAGCAUCAGGAGGUCGGCGGCGUCUCAAAAGCAAAAAUCACAAGUCCCGCCUGAGUGGUCAGCCAGCUCACUCCCUCCUGGCGGCGAACCAGGACGAUUCCGACUCUUCUCCCAACCAAAGUUCUACCCUGGACACAUCUCCAGCUGAUGGCCGGCCGUUGCAAGGGCUCAGAAACUCUCCAUCCUUGCCCAGUCUGAGCAGCAGCUCCGCAGGUGCCAGCAGCAAAGGUACCACCGCUCGCGCUGACCAGAACAACUCCCAGGCGACACCUUCCUGCUCCCAGACGCAGAAAGCCACUGGGACUUUCACCGAUAAGGACCACCAGCUUGUGGACAACUGGGUCAGAGACAUCUCCCAAUGCAAGAGAGGAUCCAAGAGUGGGGCACAGACGGCAGUAGGACAUGAGAUGGUGCCUCCUGCCAACUUGGGCCGGAAGUACUCGGCUCCUGGCUACUUGUGCCCGACCCACCCUCCUCAGCCCACCUCCAGCUCCACCACUCACCUUGCCAAUCCUGCCAACCCCUCCGUCCUCCUGGGGCCUCGAAAAGGUUCUCUGGGCCCAGUGUCCCAGGGUUUCGGGUAUGCCUCUGCACCAUACAGUGCUCCGCAGUGGGCCGGACCCACGGGCACGUGCCAGGUCAGCAUGCUCGGCCCAGCCCAGCCACAAACACAGUACCAGCCGCCUCCCACCGCCCCGGUCACCCUGCAUCAAGGCUACCACCUCGGAGCCACGGAGGAUUCCCAGAAGUCCGGCACCUCGGGAGCGUCCAGCCAGCGGUCCACGUAGCCCAGAUCCUCAUGGAGACUGAAGCUAGAGAUAGCGGGCUGAAUGAGACGCCGCCGGGUCUCUUUGUGUGGUGAUUAUAUGGCUUUUAAUUAUUUUUUUUUUAUUUCUACGGUGGCAAUUUUUUGGCAUGGUUGAACCGGUUCAGGACCUGUGAGGCGGGAAAAAAAAAGAAAUCUGUCCAGCAAUUGGCGGGAGAGUGCAAUACACGUCCGCAGCAGGAGAGUGUGAGGUUAGCCUUCCAUCAGCUGUGGAGCUAAGCUGUGAUCCGCUGGCCACUGCUGCCCUGGGACGCAACUGUCCCAGCGGCGCCGUCGCCAGCAGCCAAAGAUGUCUUUCCCAGGACGGAUGUCAGAAUCUCUUCAUUCCUCUGUCAUUGCUGAGCUGGAACCGGUUCCUUAGCUGCCCACUAAACCAGAACACACACAAAAGUAACUGGGGAUGGGAAUGCGUAAGGUGAUAGGAGGAUGAUGCGGAAGUGAGAAGAGGAGGGCGAGACAGGUGUGGUGAGACGGGAGAGGGAAGUAGGUGUGACGCCAGAAGAUCCCAGUUGCUUUGACAUUAUCACAAAUGCAAUAUUGACCCGAGGAGAAAUUCUAACUGUGGCCUUAAUCCCCCCUCCCCCCAACGUGUUGAAACCGUCGUGUAAAUAGACAUUUAUCAUAUUUAUGUGAAUUCAAUUCCCGACCCAAACCGAUCUCUUUCACUGGAGGGGUCCUGGUGUUGACCACCACGAGGAGAGAGAGUGCUGCUGUAAAUCACAAUCGGAGGUGUCUGCAGGGUGAUUUAUUAUUUUUUCUAUUACAGAAGAAUCUCAAAUCUGUCGCCGAACCGCUUGACCCGUUCUGGUUAGAGCAGGACAAACUAUUGGGUCGGUGAGUGCUCGGAUGUCUGGACACGACCAAUCCGUCACCUUUCACAAUGGUCCGGGAUUCUUUCUUUCAGUGGUCUUUUUUUUUUUUUUUUGUAUUCGUCUAUUUAAUAAGCGAUCGUUCUUUAUGGACCUGUAUUCAGCCAUCAGAUUUUGAUGUUGUUUCACUGUAAUUAUUAUUAAAGGUUGUUAAACAACAAGUAGUUAAUGGAUUACAAGAAGUGCAAUUGCAGGGUUGUUAUCGGCUCCCCACUCGUGGCGGCAGGAGUUUUUCCUGCCACCGAUUCGGCUCCUCUGUGACCGCCCUGCCCCCCCCAACCGACCCCCUUCCUUACACCCCAUUUUUUCUAUUUUAUUGUAUAUAGAUAUAUAUGUUACUGUGAGGUAAACGCUUUCACGUGAUGCACAGUCACUAGAGUCCGCUUGUGGUAUUCUGCUCUUGCACACGCACUCGAACCUGUAAACAUGAGGAACACUUUAGUGCCUUGCAUCCUCACUAAUGGUUCCGUGUUCCGGUGUCAUCUGGUCCUGUCGCUGUAACGUGGCUGGUCAGAAGGGGGGGCCGCUGCCACAUCAAGCACAGUGAAAUGUACCGUUUAAUUUCCCGGUUUGCUCAUGUCGUCUGCUUUUUUUGUUGUUGUUUUGGUUUGGGCUGGUAUUUUUGUUUUUGUGGAUUGAAACUCAUAGAAGCACUUGAUCGGGCGUCAGCACUUCACACGGGUCCACGCUGCCAGUGUUUUUCUCGUCUGCUCGUAGUCUGGAUGAUUAGCUAAACUUCUCUAGAGAAAAAUAAGUUACUGCAAUGCAGAAUAUGCAAUGUUUAGAGUUUUAUAGGGACAGAGGGUUCGUAAAACAUUUGCAUGCCGACGAGGGUUGUUCCUGCUCAAUGUUUUUGAUAUUGGGAGACGUUCUCUUUCUUUAUGUCGACUGCCUUUCUUGUGUCACCACAAAGCAGGUUCUGUGUUUAUUCGCCAUUCACACACCACACAGGCACAACUCCAAUAUCCAGAUACGACCUCUGCAUGUCCCCCCGCUGUCGAAUCUUCCAAAUCCACAUGGGUCACUGUACAGCACAAACCAGAGCGCAGAUGUUCCGCCGCUACUUUUGUGAAUAUCAGAGCAGAUCCAGGCUCCUGACACUUAUUAACCCCGGCUCUCAUUUACGACUUCCUGUGAUUCAGUGUCUGUUUGUGUAUGUUUUUCACAUUGUACAAAUUGUAAAAACAAAUAAAAAUAU